UCCUACCAAUUUACUAUUUACAAGCAAUGAGAAGUGGGCUUCGAUUAUCUGUGUCACAGUCCAAACGAAACUCUUGUACAGAAGUCUUACCAGAGGCCAUGGGGUCUUAGCACGUGAGUAACUCAUUGCCCUUUAAUUGGAAGGGUGACUGCAAAGUGGCAACCAGGGAGAGAAUUUUCUCGAUGUAGAAUCUGCAUUUACGCACUCAUUCUGAGUGUAACCAUGUAAUCAGGUCAACAAGGCGCCAUUCUGCAGUAGUUUAGGUGGAGAACUGGCAGCACGCUAUUAGGACCUGGGACAAGCUAAAGAGGAGAGAGAUGUUUAUGUUAUCACUGCCUCCAGAUGGGAUCCCGACCUACCGUGCAUUUCUGGGCUGGCUUUAUCAGAGCUCUGCACAUCAUAAAAAUGACUUUUUAAACUCUUAGCUAGGGAGUUCUCUCCACCCCAGCUUCACAUAUGCUCUGUAGGAGAGAACUGUCUUAGACCAAUCCAAGUCAGUUUCCCUUAACUUUGCAAGAGCAAGCGUGCAAGACACCUUGGGAUUAGGAGAAUUAACAAGGCAAAGGACAGCUGCACUGGCUGAAGUUGGUGUGAAGAAACAACUCAUAAAGUCUCCGUGCAUCUAAACUCUUGUGUGUGGAUUAUGGGCCCACUUCUACCAUUAAGCUGACUGUUGGUCUUGUUCGGCGAUAUCCUAAUUGCUUUAAGAAUCCACUGGGUGAUCCUUGGUUGAAGAACAGUCACCAAAAUUGGAGAGUAAAAUACAAGCUUCAGAACUCAAGAAAAGAAGACAACAAAACAAAUGCAACGGGUCUCUGCUUGAGCUCAGUGUUUUUUAUGAUGUCUUGGGAGGACUCUAGGAUGUCAGCACUUCUGCUGGCCAGCGUUCUGUUGCAGAUCUUGCAAAGACUGGUGAUGUCCCACCUUAUGAUGGAUAUGGCUCUACAUUCCUUUGAUGACCAGUACCUGGGUUGCAGAGAGCAGAUGAUGGAAGAACUGGAGCGGGGAGACUACUUCCAGAAGGAAAUAGCUGCUAGUAAGAACUAUUCAAGCCUCUGGAAGAAGGCUCAGGAAGCUUUGUUGAAGAGCCCUGUAGGUCUCCUGAGGGAAAUGCAUGACAGUCAUGCCACCGCUCUCAUGGCUUACACCAUGAAUUCUUCCCUGCACUCUCAGCUGAACUGGGCCACAUCCACAGCAGGAAAGUCUCCAGAGCAUUACAGACACAACUUCAGCUUCAAAUAUUUUCAUUUUUACCUAACGACGGCUAUCCAGAUAAUGAAGCAAUGGCAGAGCAGCAGGGACAACGUGGGGAAGCGUCACUGCUACCGGGUGCACAGGGGUGUAAAGGACUUACAUAUUGAGGCCACAGUUGGUAGCAUGGUGAGAUUUGGCCGUUUCACCUCCACUUCUCGCCUCUGGAAUGAAGCCCAGAAAUUUGGGAAUGAAACUUUGUUUACGGUGACAACCUGCCUGGGAGCAGCUAUGCAAGGCUUUUCUUACUACACAUCUGAGAAGGAAGUCCUCAUUCCCCCUUAUGAAAUAUUCCUUGUCAAAAACUUCUUUCGGACACAGCAUGGUAACCGGCUCCACCUGCAUUCUGUGGGGAACUACAGCAAGUACCGCUGCCAGCUCUUGGAAGCUUCAAGAAUCAAGAACAGUGGUUCUACUGCCUCUGCCUCCGUCAUUCUUCCUAGUGUAAUUGGCAUUUUCUUGUGCUUGGCCAGGCAAUGACUGAUUCUCUGGCUACAUCCAGAUAUAUACACUGGAAUAACAGACAAGAAAAAACAGCUGUGUGAACUGCUUGACUUUCUGAGCAGAUCCAUGAAAGCUUGGUGCUGCCAUUCCAUUGGAAAUCCAAUGUCAAGAAAUGCAGAACUUUAGGCACCUGAGAAAUACUAGCAUUAGAAAUGAGGGCACUUAGGAAAUGUGUCUUUGCUUUUAGUGAAGACUGAAAUGAGUUGCCUGACACUCAGCAUUUCACAUCAGAUAUAGACACAUGCAAUGGCAGAGACCAUCAUGUAAUUAUUUAAAUGUAGUGGCAUGUUCUAGCAAGCUGAACAGCUGCUGCGAAAGAAAUCCUGAAACGUGUUUACCUGCACAGUUUAAACAGAUUUAAUGCUGAACUAUUUUGCGAUCAUCUUGUUCUGUAUGUAUAUCUCACACCACAGUUUUGUUUUGUUUGCUUUACCAUUCAUUUCAAAUAAUUGAUCAACAGAUCUUUAUUAUUAUUAUUCCUAAAUGCUCAGAGGCACUAAGUACAGAUUUCAGAAAGGGCUGGGAAGAUGAGAAACAGCUGUCACAGGUACAUCUUGAAUGUAUGCGUUCAGGCUUGCUUGAUCUUCUUCCUAUGUGAGAAUUAAAGGAAUCAAGGUGGACUUGUGACACGUUGGCACAUUUAUGUCUCUUGCAACUUUUCUGCUAUUGCUGGGAUGCAGCCUUCAAUCAUUUUAACAAAGAUUUGGAACGCUUCACAUGGCGGCCUCAGCACCCUGAAAGCCUCCUCUAAGCAGUCAGCUGCUACUUUCAGGCUUUUCUUUAUGGAUCUAUGUCCUUGGAGGAGGGUCUGUAUGAAAGCAAAAAGUGAAGAGUCGGAGGAUACAGAACGAAGCCUGAGCUGUUGUGAUGUUUCACCUGCGGAGGAUCUGCCUCUUGUGGUGGUUGGUGUCCCAUUCUGUUGCAGCAUCUUAAUGAUAUCAGCAUAGUCCAUGAGAAGUUCUGACACGUGGAGGGAUAAAGCAGGUGAACUCAGUAAUUGCUCCAUAGCAGACUCGAAUGAGCCAGGGAAAUUAUCAAGUUUUAACAACACUGCAACCAGUGCGCCCAAGAUGCCUCCUAUGAUCCCUUUAUAAUUUUCAUAGAUUUCUUUUACUGCAGCCAUUUUUUCCUGUAGAGAGAGGAUGGG